GCCUAAAACCGGAGCGUUGUGCAUCUCCCCACUCAUCUCUGAAACUCAUGUGAAAAAUGGGUAUAACUAAGCAAGAAACUCAUCGUGCUGGAGCUUUGAAGCAAACUAAUAAACCACACAAAACUGGAAGACAUCGGAGUAAAGGUUCUAUUGGGAAUGAGGUUAAAGGUAGAAUUAAUGUAAAGACUUUAAGCAAACGAGCUCACAAAGAGCUAGGGAAAGACGCUCGACGUCUUCAGGCACAACAACUUCGCCAGAAAAAGAGGGAAGAAGUUGUAGCCAAGAAAAGAAAUCUUGGAGGAUCCCUUGCUGCUCCGAUUCUAAUAGCUAUUAUUCCUCUACAAGAGGAUUUAGAUCCUGAAUCUAUUGUAUCAAUAUUAACAAAAGCAGAUGAUACUGCUAACAUAUCCAUUAGCCCUUGUGGAAUUACUCAUAUAAGUUUACCUAGGUUUAAACAACGUUUUUCAUGUAUUGUUCCUCCUGUGGGGAAUACUAUUGCUACAUUGGAUGCAGCAAAAGUAGCAACAACAAUUCUUUUUGUGACUUCUGCAACAAGUAGUCCUGACAGAGGUCCUAAAACUGAAGCUAUUGAUUCUUGGGGUGAAGAAAUCAUUAGAAGUGCAGUUGCUCAAGGUUUACCUUCAACUAUUGUGGCUUUGACAAAUUUGGAAUAUGUGAAUCCUAAGAAACGGCAAGACACGAAGCAACAGGUGCAAAAAUUAAUUUCAAAAUGGUUGCCCGAGGAGAAGAUUUUGCCACUUGAUAAAACAGUGGAUGCGCUAAACAUUUUAAGACGAGCUGGUUCUCAAAAACAAAGAAAUGUCACCUAUAAGAAUAAAAGAGCCCACCUGGUGGCUGAACAGAUCAAAUUUUCAUGUAACACGACUGAAACACAGGAUAGCAAUACUUAUGGAACUCUAGAAGUCACAGGAUAUCUACGUGGCAUUCCACUUUCUGUAAAUGGUUUAGUGCAUAUAUCAGGAUUCGGUGACUUUCAAAUGUCUCGAAUCGAAGCACCAGAGGAUCCGUAUCCUUUAGAAAAAGGACGUCCUAAGUUGCCAGAGACAUCCCAAGAUAAUUCGAUGGAAGGUGAAAUCUCCACACGAGUUCUAGAAUGCGCAGAUCCUAACAAACAGGAAUCUCUACAGAGUGAAAACAUCCCAGAUCCUAUGGAUGCCGAACAAACAUGGCCUACUGAAGAGGAACUGGCUCAGGCAGAAGCACAGCAAAAGAAGCGAUUAGUUAAACGCGUACCAAAGGGAACAUCGGAGUAUCAAGCUGCUUGGAUUCCUGACGAAGAUGCUGAGAAGGUAGAUGAAGACUUGGACAAUGACUCUGAGGAAGAUGAAAUGUCCGUUGACGAUGCAAUGUCAGAGACAGAAAGUGAGCAAGCAGUUGAAGAAGACGAGGAAUACGAAACUCUUACAAUAUCAGAAGCUGCUCCGGAUGAACAACGUUACGAUCAACAAAUGGACCUGUUGGAGGAGAAACAAACUAUGAAAAAAUUAAAAGAAGCAAAAUUGGAUGCACAGUUUCCUGACGAAGUAGAUACUCCACAAGAUAUUCUGGCUAAGAAUCGAUUUCAGAAAUAUCGUGGACUAGAAUCCUUCAGGACGAGUCCUUGGGAUCCCAAAGAAAAUUUGCCAAUAGAAUAUGCGCGUAUUUUUCAAUUUCAAAAUUUUGAUCGCACGCGCAAACGCAUUUUUCGCGACUGUGAGAACUUGGAAGGAGCAAUGCCUGGCUGGUAUAUAACCGUACACGUUGUUAACGUAAGCAAGGCUCUCUUCGAUGCUUACCGUACAGUCGACAACCGACCAUUAAUCUUACUCGGAUUGUUGCCACAUGAAAACAAAAUGUCAGUGCUAAAUAUUGUCCUGAAACACACCAGCGAAAAUGCCGAACCAAUAAAGUCCAAGGAGCGAUUAAUAUUCCAAUGUGGCUUCCGGAGGUUUACGGGGUGUCCAAUUUUCAGUCAACACACCAAUGGCAACAAACACAAAUACGAAAGAUACUUUCAACCUGACAGUACCGUGGUUGCCACUAUGUACGCUCCGAUUACGUUUCCACCCUGUCCUGUGCUAUGUUUCAAAGAGAAUCGUAAUGGCAAUCUGGAAUUGGUGGCUACUGGAAGUAUUUUAUCCACAAACCCUGACAGGAUCAUAAUAAAGCGUGUAGUUCUCAGUGGACAUCCAUUCAAGGUUCACAAACGUUCAGCAGUAGUGCGCUUCAUGUUCUUUCACCGAGAAGAUAUCAACUGGUUCAAGCCAAUACAGCUAAGGACCAAGUAUGGACGUCGUGGACACAUAAAGGAACCACUGGGAACUUAUGGUCACAUGAAAUGCGUUUUUGACGGACAGCUAAAGUCUCAAGACACAAUUCUGAUGAAUUUGUACAAACGAGUAUUUCCAAAGUGGACUUACGAACCAUGUCUUGUGCUAGACGCUGCACGUCAGGUGGAAGAUGUCACUAUGGCUUGAGACGAUGUUGAAUAAACUCACAGGAAAAUGUAUAAAUGGUCAUUGACCGUGUAAAACUUAUAAUUACGAAUAACAAAUCUUUUGUAAAAUA